AUCGGCGCGUCCUGCGCACUGCCGUCGUGCAACCUGAACGACUUCUUGCCCAUCCGCUGCAAGUGCGACCAGCUCUUCUGCAGGGACCACAUCCAGCCCGAUCUCCACACCUGCCCGCUCCUCGCCCAGGACGCGCAGCCCGGCGCGUCUGGAGCUACUCUCAAGCUGCAGCGGUGUGCGGCUUCGAAAUGCAACAAACCCAGUCUUGAGGCGUACAUCGCGAAUGCCGCGGACACUGCGGAUCGGGCGGCAGCACUGUGUCCGGGGUGCAGCCAGGCGUUCUGCGCAGAGCAUAGGGAGCCCAAAGCGCACUCAUGUACUCCUCCAGAACCUUCAGAGCCUGUGCCAGAGAAGAACGCGGUGGCUAAAGCGCUCUUGUCCAAGCACUUCGGACCCUCGAGUACUGCUACUGCAAGUGGUACAUCUCGUGCUGCUGCCUCCGCAAAUCCCAAGAAGCUCGCGCAGCAACGGCAGCUUGCUGUUAUGAAGAUGCGACACAAAGCUAAACCCGCCGACCCUAAGGAUACCGCGGCGUCCGUGCCCGUAGGCGAGCGGCUACAUGUGAAAGUCCGCAAGGCGGAGGAGGAACCAGUAGCCGAGCGUAUCCUGUGGUUCAAGAAGUCCAUAUGGACGGGAAGGGCGGUGGAUAUACUCGCCACACAGCUUAAGAUGACGAUCAGCGAUUCGCAACCCGUGAAAUUGCUGUAUGUAAACGACGAAGGGACGUCCGUGACACUCAGGACAGAUCAACCGCUAGUAGACCAGAUCCACGAUGGAGCCUCCGUC